UGCAAAAAGUCUUCGUUUCGGUCGGUUCACAAUGCAUAUGCGUCAUGUUUGGUUGCCGUUCGUCCUGUUCGUCCUGGCGCACAGCCGUCGUGUGCUGGCGGGAGACGUCUAUUUAAGCUGCGAUGAAUUCGAGCAGCACAUAUACAUGGAUGCCAGUGAAGCAUUCUGCACCGUCACCGGAUUCAUAGUCACGCACAGUCAGAAUGUUGUUGUGAAGAACUUUCUGCCCGGGAAUAUGGUCAAGUUCAUGAAAUUCUACGAUUCGACAUUGCUCUAUGUGCCCUUCCAUCUAUUCGAGACGUUCACGCAUCUAAAGACCCUCGAUGUAUCGUAUUCGAGCAUAUUGGAACUGACAAGGAAUACCUUUAGUGCUGCGAGCAACUUGACCUAUCUGAAUCUGAGCUAUAACAAUCUGACCUCGGUGCAGACCUCGGUCUUCAAUGGAGCCAAUGCUCUGAUGCGUUUGGAUCUGUCAUACAAUAGGAUAUCGCAAUUGAGUGAGAAUGCCUUUUGUGGCCUACACAUUCUCAAUAAACUGCAGCUGACCGGCAAUAGAUUAAGUGAGCUGCACAAGGACAUCUUCAAGGAUAACGAGUAUCUAGAAUCGGUCACGCUGGAGAGCAAUUUACUGACUUAUGUCCAGCCGGAAGUCUUCAACCGAAUGCGUCGCAUCAAGGAGGUGAAUCUGUCAAACAAUAAACUGAUACGCAUACAUCCGGAUACAUUUACGGAGGCAGCCAGUUUGGAGAGCCUGCUGCUGGCAUUCAAUUCUCUGGAUGUCUUCCAGCUGACCAACAAGAAUAUUGUCCAUCAACUCCACUUGGACCACAAUCAUCUGACCAAUCUGACAAUCAAUGCGACACGUUUUGUGCGGGCCAAUUACAACAAUAUCAGCGAGAUUUACAUGCACCAGGCCCUGCAGCUGGAAACACUGGAGCUGAGGGGCAAUCGCUUGACGAGCAUAGCGAAUAUUACCAAUUUGACAUCGCUGCUUCAUCUGGAUAUCUCCUACAACCCAAUUAAGCCCCUGAGUGUGAGCACCUUCGAUCAGCUGAAACGACUGCGUAAUCUUUACAUACGUUCGAACGGUAUUCGAGCGCUGCAGUUUGGCAUGUUCUCCAAGCAGAAGUAUUUGGAGAUACUGGAUUUGUCCUUCAACAACCUGACCAGCCUUAAUCUUGAUUUAUUUGUGCCCUACUUGACCAGUCUAAAGCAGUUCUUUGUGGAUGGCAAUGCACUCAGCGAGCUGCAAGGCAAUCGCAGUUUCUCUCAAGCAUUUCCUUUGCUCCAGAAACUGGGCAUCUCACUGAAUCGCUUCAACUGCUCGUAUUUGCAUCAUUUGCUUAUUCCACCCUAUCUGACGGAGACAGUCGCCCUAAACAUCGAGCCUGACAACAGCACUGAGGAGGCACCGCACAUACGUGAUGUUUCCUGCAUCAGUCAACAUUUCAUAACCGAGUCAGGAGCAAUGGUUCCAGCAGCAGCAGCUGCUCUCGAUGGGCCAAUGCUGGCGCUGCACAAGCAACUGGAUUUGCUGCGCACUCAUUCAGAGAAUCUAGAGCUGCAUUUGCAGUUCAUGAAGUUCUUCUCCUAUUGCGUAGGGUGUUUAUUUCUCAUAUCAGCUGUUGCCUUGCUAAUUUUGCGUUUUCGCAAGGUGCGUCGAUCUGGCCACUACAAUCGCAGCAGCAUCGUCUUUCAAUCGACUGCUACAAUGGAUAGAAAUCUCAAUUUGUGAGUUAGCCUAAGUCUAAGCCUAAUAUAUAUAUGUAUAUAUAUGUAUGUAGCAUAAAUCGAAAACUCAAAAUAAAGGAAGUCUGCAACCAGGAAA